GAUAUAGUGGGAAAGUAGCUGAAUUGGCAACACUCGUAACGACGCGUUUGCGGCGCAAUAAUUAUAAUAAAAUUAAAUUCCGUACGUUUCCGUCUAACAAAAAAUAAUCUAAGCCCAGAAAGCAACGUGCAACGUAUGUAAAAGGCAAGGUGGUGCCUCUGGCAGAACGUCGUUGAAGGAAAAAUUAAUUUGUUGCCUUCGUUACGGAAAAGUGCCUUGACUGGCACUGUGUGAGUGUGCGUGCGUAUAAUUAAACAAAAGUAUUAGCAAAGUCGUAUAUUUUGAAAUACGCUCGCUGCGAAAGUAAAAAGAGUGUGAUAAGUGUCGCAGCUGCUGCGUUGCAGGCACUUCCUCUUGUUUUUGUUUCGGACACGGAUUUCAUAUAUUCGCAGCAGCUGCCUGCCGUUCAGUGCCUGUGUGUGUGUGUUUCGUGUUGUUGUUUCACCGCUCGUUAACUACUACCUUGAAAGAGGAGAGAAAGAGGGAGGCGAGAGCAAGGCAAAGAGUGCAAAGUUGAUGCCGUUCAACUAAGCGUUCGAUAGUGUCGACAACAACAAAUACGAAUUAACUGCGAGUGUGCUUGUGUGUGUGGCGGCAUUAGUCACUUUUGGUCUUGGCUUUUAACUUUUUGUCCGCUUUUGGAGCGCAUCGCCAAAGAGGGUCUUAAAAAGUAACAAGAGAGACGGAGAUCGGAUCGGAUCGAAAAGGCAGCAUGACCAUUCCAUCGAGACCAGCGCCAGCUCCGCCCGGUUCUCGUGGCCAGACGGCCGCGGCUGGAGCUAACGCCGGCUUGGAGCAGCUGCGCCUCCAGCUCCAGCAGCAGCACUUGCAGCAACAGCAGGCGGGUGGCGGUGGACUCCAGAAGUUGACCAUCAAGCUGCCGCCGCCACCAAAGGGGCCACUGCAGACGCAGAACUCCCUCCACAAGCGCCCCACCCACAACAACAACAAUAGCAGCCUGUUCGAUGAGCAGACUGGAACGGGAGGAUCGAGCAUCACAAGAAAGUUUCCGCAGGCGCGCUACACGCCGGCCACCAACUGGGAUGACGAUCCAUUCGGGACCAACGGGAAUGAUCGAUUCAAGAAGAUGCCCCCGCCGCGACCGCCGCCGCCGAGGGUACUUGUUAACGGACAGAAAACAUCCACCUCCUCGCAGCCAGCGGCGGCCGCCGGCGGGAGCAGUCUAAUCUCGAACAUCUUUCAUCGGAAGAAGUCCAUGUCCACGGCACCCACCGCUGCUUCUAAGGCCGCAGCGCAGAGUCGCGUCUACGGCCUGAGCAGCGGUCAUGCCCGGACAUCCAGCAGUAACACCACCACCAGUGCCUCCUCAGCGGCAGCCAGCGCGGCGUUUAGCAAUGUAGAUUGGAAUGACGCCUGGAACACUACCACCACCACCGCGAGCAGCCACAGUAGCAGCGCUCAUUACUCCUCCCAGCAGACCAUCGGUGCGAGCGUGAGUGAGGGGCAACUUAUCAGCUUCGACUCGCCUCCCUCGUCGCCGACCUUCACCCAGAAGUCCAACAGCGACUGCGUGAGCGUGGAUAGCUUCAGCUCCGACAGCAACUUCAGUUCUCCCAACAACGGAAGCGUUUCGCAGCCAGAGAGCGGGUUCGAGGACGACUACCACCGCUCGCGGCCAUCCACACAGAGCCCGUUGGAUCCUUGGGAGGCGGUAGACAGUGCUGGGCACGGCGCAGUGGACAGUUUCGGCUCUGCCCCAGUGCGCCAGACGUACCAGCUGCAGAGCCGCAGCUCGGACAACCCGCUGUGCAAUGGCAAGAGCCUGUUGCCGCCGACACAGUCUCUGACCAUGCCCACCAUCAUCAAGCCGAAAAUAUCUCAGAAACCAAAGGCACCAAAGCCACCACCGUUCGUUGGAGGCAUUCCACCAGGCUAUGUGUUGCCGUCAGGCUACGGUGGCUCGGAGACCCCACCAUCGCCACCCAUGCCCAAGGGACCACCACCGCCGCCGCCAACGUCGUCGGCCACCGGUGGCAUAUCGAUGCUGGACGUGAUCGCAGGCAAAGUAGAUGCCAUUGCGCUAAGCAACGGAUGCCAGGGCUACAUCGAGGAGGAGGUCAUUCCCUACGCCAUCGCUCUGUACGAUUUCGAUGGCGUUGAGGAGGGGGACCUCAGCUUCAGGGAAAGCGAAAAGAUCUAUUUGCUGGACCAGCCAACGGCGGAGUGGAUGCGGGGACGCACGCGUUCCGGUUGCGUGGGUAUCUUUCCGAUCAACUAUGUGGACAUAAAAGUGCCAUUGGGAGCCACUGGUAACGUUGGUGGUGGUGGAGCUGCUGCUCCUGCUCCUGCUGCAACCUCGUCUUCAUCCACAGCCAUUUGUUUGUACCACUUUCCCGGCGGUGUCGAAGGAGAUCUAGCCCUGCAGGAAAAUGAAAGGGUUACCGUGCUUUAUAGAAUAAACGAGGACUGGCUGUAUGGCGAGGUGGCGGGUCGUCAGGGCCAGUUUCCGGCCAAUUUCAUCGACCAGGUGCCUAGCACUCUGCCCACGUUGUAGCCACCCACAACCGCGAGCGCAGUCUGCGAUCAUUAGCGAUUAGCGAUAGUUAGUGUCGAAAAGCGAGAAGAGAUGUCAAGCGAACUGAAACUUAUAUACACCACACAUAAUAUUGUAUUUUUGCUAUAUCCUGUGCGACGAAAUAUCACGAGAAUAUGUAGUCUAAGACUCGCCCUAUACCAAAAUAAUUUGUAAGCCAAUUGAUAGAUGUCCUUCCCCCUUCCUAUACCCACCCCGCUUAUACACGGGAUUCAAUUGGAUGAUUUUAUGUUGAAGCCGCAAAAGGAACUGUUUGUAUUUAUUCGAUAUUGUUUGCUGAUCCCUUAAGUAUUCGCCUAAGCCCCCAAUAUACAUAUAUGUAUAGGCGAGCAGCAGGCAAAACCAUUGUAAAUAAGUUAUAUUUUACGUGAUUUCUAUAAAUGUUUAAUUAUUAAAAUCGAGUUAGUUAGACGCGCUAGUUAGGCACAUUUACCAGAUUCCAAUUAAUUAUGCAAACCCGUUUGAUGAAUAUUCAGUGUAUUUAUAUUAUUUGUUGAAGUUCCCGCGUGUUCCAUGUGCCCCACAAGCCCUUGUAGGACCCAUCUUGUCGAAACCUAUCAGAGUAUCAGGAUAUCCGCCUAGAAAUGGAGAAUGCAAGCCAGAAAUAUAUGAAGAUGAUAAACAAA